GUGUGUGUGUGUGUCAAACUAAGUAUAAAAACGAGGUGGUAUAACCCAGCUCAGUCAAACUUAAAGAGUUAAGAGAUCACACACCUUUACACAGCUUCUGAGAACAUGAAGACGAGUCGUGUGUUUCUGGUCCUGGGCUUCGUCCUGAUCGUGGCGUUCUGCUCAGAUGCAGGGCCUCCUACACUCCCGGUCUCUUGCUGUUUCAAUUUCUUUACUGGAAAAAUUCCUCCCCAAAACAUCCAGGCGGUGAAACCGACGGACACUCAGUGCCCUCAGAAAGGCUUCAUUGUUUCUACGCUAAAGGUCCUCAGCCUGUGUGUCCGUGAUGACCCAAGUGUUAAGAAAGAAACAGGAAAAUUGUUGUAGACAUUGUUAAAGCGCUGAACAAAUAAGUUGAAAUAAAUUAAGAAAAAACUAACCCCCAAUCAA